GGCAUUCGUUUGUAUUUGUAACUUGAGCAACAAUCCCUUUUGUUUAUCUUUAAUCGUUUACCUAAACAAAUAUCUCAAAACAAAAAUCCGUAAAGAAGUUUAUAAUACAAAAAUGGCCUCAAGUUCUAUGAGUUCGUCUUGGACAUCUAAACAAAAUAAAAUCUUCGAGAGGGCUUUAGCCGUUUACGACAAAGACACUCCCGACCGUUGGCAAAACGUGGCAAAGGCCGUCGGAAGUAAAUCGGCAGAGGAAGUCAAACGUCACUAUGACAUUCUCGUCGAAGAUAUUAAGAACAUCGAACAAGACUUAGUCCCUUUGCCCAAAUACAAGACCAUCGAUGUUGGAAGUAAAUCACGAGGCAUCAAUGACUUUGAUCUGAGGUUAAUGAAGAAUAUGAGAAUCCAGUGAAGCACACAUUGAUAUGAAGCAAUACUGAUAUGCAAACAUUCAGAUGAAUAUAUUCGCUUGCUGAUGAUUACUGAUCAUUGUCUCGUUAUCUUUUCACUCUGCUACAUAUUUAUUUGUCUUUCUUUUUUUCACAUCAAAUAAAUCAAAUUCUGUAUCUAUUAUGGUUUUGUUUUUAUUGUUUGAUUAUUAUAUAUUUUGUCA